AGGGGCGUCGGGGCGUUGUCGUCUGCUGCCGCCGCGCUGCCCGUUGCCGCAUGCGAGACGCUGCUCUUGUUCCACGCUUGCGGCUCUCUGCUGGCUUCUCUCGGCAGAGCGUUUUUGUCUGCCGAGAGCAGCUCGCUCCGGCUCAGCGCCGCUUCGUCUCUUCUCUCUGCACGCGAGGGAAGCCAGGCCACCGGUGGGCCGAUCUUUCUUUGCUCGCGCUGUGGAAGGCCAAGUCAGCAGCGCGCUGGCCCAGCGCAGCGGCGGCAAACGUCGUCGCGUGGCAGAGCGCGGGUGUGCGUUCGCGUGACCGUGUUCUUCGGUCGUGCUCGCGCUGACUGCUGUCGCCCGGCGAUCGUAGCUGCUGGACCACAGAGCAGGAACCACCGGAGGUUGUCCGCUGCUAGCGAGGACGCGGCGGUUUCAAAGGAACGUCGCCAGGCUCUCCGUGUUGAGUGCGUGCGUGUGGCGAGGCGGGAGUUUUAUCGUCGCAUCGACCAUGCUGGCGCUGGAAGCGAUGUCGACCGUCCGACAGCUGAACGCCUUGGCAGCGCCUGUGGCUACGCGAAUGGCGGGAGUACCAAGGUUUCGUCCGUUCGCCUACAAAUGCCGCCGCUGCAUGGCGUCCCAGCCUCGCCGUCCGUCGGUGGCCGUCGCCCUGUCGUGCACCUCGCGCAGCCGUUGGCCGUGGCAGCUGCAGCGAGCGCAGCAACCGUCGGCGGCCGCAGCGGCGACUCGGUGGCGAGGCGGCGGCGACUGCCUGUCGGCCGUACCCUGCCGCUGGGCGCACACCACGAGCUCGCUGCGGGACGACGACGACGCGGCCGGGGCCGUUGGGACGGCGCUGCAGGACAAGUGGCCCUACCGCGACCGCAACAUCACCGUCACCACCUGCGCCGACCUGUACAAGUCGUGGCGGGGCACUCGUCGCGGCUACUCCAGCGCGCCCACCAACGGUCUUCCGGUUCCGGUCUCCUACGUGCACACGGGCCUGGACCGCUCGGAGCGCGCCGGGCCGACGCCGGCCGCCCAGACCGCAGGCAGGCCCAGCCGUAGGCCCGUCGUCGUCAUCCUGACCGGCGCGCCAGGGAGCUACAGGGACUUCGUGCACCUGAUCCCCUUCCUGGACCGGCAGGGCGUCGACGUCGUUGCGCCGGCGUGGCCAGACCUGGCCUUCAGCCGCCAGUCCGGGUGCUGGUGGCAUUCGAGCGCGGAGAAGACCGACCUCGCCCUCGAUUUCCUCAGGGCCGUCGGUGUCACGGAGUGCGACAUGUUGGUCGCUCACAGCAGCGGCGCCUACCCGGCCAUGCGGCUCAUCUGCAGGGAGGACGGCCUCAAGGUCAAGAGCUUGACACUCCUCGCACCGGCAGGCUACAGCCAGAUCAAUGUGAUGCGGCCGGACUGGUUCACCUUGCUGCUGAGCCGCCUGUACCAGCAGCCGUUGACCCAGCGCUUGGUGAACGCCAUGGCCCUCGCCUUCCUGGUGGCCACGCGCCAUCCGCUGCGCCGGGACGUCGACAACGUGCUGCUUGCCAUGAAGGCCAUGUUGUAUGCCGACAAGGCGCAGUUCAAGAAGGACGCCGAAGAGGUGGCGGCCCGCAAGCUUCCAGUUCUGGUGGCCAUCAGCGACAACGACAAGCUGAUCGACCUUCCCGUCAGCCUCGAGACGGUCGACAUCCUCGGCGGGUCCCCGGAAAGCACAUGGUACUACGACCAGGAGAAACGGCUCAAAAAGCGCGGAAACGGCAAUGGCCCCGUGAAGACUCUUCGCUUCGAGAAGGGCACGCAUUACCUCUUCACCCGCUGCGCCGACGUCAUCAACCAGGAGAUUCUCGAUUUGCUUAAGAGCACCACCAAGCUAUGACACGUUCGUCGAAAUUUAAAGAGAGCCGAUCUUGCUACUUCGAUCGUCGGAAGACAUUCUGUUCACGUUGCCCGGUGCACCGUCGGUGAUCCACGAGGAUUGUGAUGAUUGACGUUUGCUGACUCUUCUCCGAUGCGUCGCUCGUAUUAUCCUUUUUUUUAUUAUAGUUUUGUUUUUGCGACUUCUCAGUUGGCGGACCCCACGAGAUUCCGAUCAACCGAUGUAGUGCUUAUACAGCGACUACUGGCAGUUGCGCCUAGCUAUAUUUAAUGUAAAACUUCACGCCGACGAGCAAAAUAUAAGCGUUGACGAAAGAAAUAAAUAUUAUUCGUGAACAGAACGAUCAGGCGGCGAUAUUCUCAUGCUGGCCUAUUCUCACGCUGGCGUAUUUACUUGCGGCAAUCAAUUUUUGAGUCAUACUUAAUCGGUGGAAAAAGCAAAAAAGUUAGUUGGCAGUGCCAUUGAACAAAUGCGAGAAGGCAAAAACGAAUAGUUUUACCAUGUUUCGCUUUUUCAAUCCUUUAAAUAAGCGUUAUUACAUGGGACCAUCCAGAUCGCGAGCGAUACACGUUUCACGAAAUGUACUACACGGGCUUACUUAAACGUUUGUUUGUUGCACUGCGCUAGCGGGGUCGUGGCCAUAACGCUGAAGCGCACCGCAGUGCAGUAUAGAGAAGUGUGCGCUGUGAAUACGAGACGUUUCAGUUGUGACGCGAUUCCUUUUUCACGCAUGCGCGGACGUGCAUGCAGCUCUAACGGUUCGUCGUGGCCGAAGCAAUGAUGCGAAGGGCCACGUACUGCAUGUAUACUUGGUGAUCACAACUGCACAGUAUACACGCGGCCAACUGCACUAUUCGCGGCCUCAUCCUCACGCAGGGUUUUUCGCGUCAUCUAGCUGUGUUUCGAAGCAUGUGUGACCACACCUGUGUAUUCACCGCCAGCCUUUCAAACGUUGUUUGCACACCGAAAUGUGUGCGCGACACGCCGCAUUGCACACUUAUCACCGUUUAUAUAGUUUUCCUACCUCUUGUUUCUUAAGAACAGGUCUCCAUUUUGGCACCCGACUGUUUCGAACUUCAGUGCAGCUCUAGUGUCUGUCACGUGUUGCUGCACUGUGUUUGCUACCUCCUCCUAGUAUAGUGUGACGAAAUCUGUGACGUCAAGGCGCGCUGGUCUCGCCAUUGCUGAACAUUUCUCCAGCGUGACAGCAUGCACUUUUCGCUGUGGAAAAACGCACGGACUCCAAACCAGAGUCGGAGGGAAUCAAGUGCUAAGUAUGUUUGCAGUUGAAUAAAGUCUGUAAUAAAUGUGAUUUGUCUGUUUU